ACAUGAAAAGGUAUACUGAGCAAGCUAGCUUUACCGAUGCGCUAUCCAUAUUUUGCUUUAUCGACAUAACACGAUUUAUGGGAUGGUCCCUUGAGGAACGUGUGUGUCUUUUGACAGCGCCCUUUGCUACAGGACACAAGAUGGAUGAGUUAUAAAUUACUUAACUGGUUUUCUACGUAAGUUAUGCACGGUGUCCAUAUAUCUCCAUGACGAGGAUUCAAGUGAACAGGAUUGUGAGGACGUUAUGAAGUCACGCUUCGUAUCGUGGAAUAGAGAACAACAUGGCAAUACGGUGAGCGCUGACUCAGUAAUGAAUGGCCUCCCACAAAUAGCUGGUUGCUACUACAGGUGUCUAGAUUACGUAUAUAUCCACUGGGAAAUAUAAAUGCGCUCAGUCGUGCGUAUGCUCGUCAUACAGGGCAGUUGUUAUACAUAUUCAUAUGUAGAUGACACUUUUAUAUAUAAUAUAGCCGAAAGUGGCAAGCGGCAGAAAAUAUGCCGUGUAGCUGGAUCUCUGACACCGUCAAUGGAACCGUACACUGUGUGGCAUGCCGCAAAAACAGACUGGCGCAGUGCUGUCGAAGGUCGUGCUUGUGCCUCGGUAUAGCACUCAUAUUAGCAGCACACUUCCUCGUACUACCCAAAACUAGCGGGUACUACGGCGACCCGUGCUUUCUUAAUCAAACGCAAAUGGCGUGCAUGCGGCACAUUGUGACUGGUGUUAUCCAAGUUCUGGAGGGCCUGAAUGAGACGUACUGGCUGGACCACGGGACGCUAAUCGGUGCCGUGAGAAGAGGUGACAUUUUACCGUUCGAUGGAGACAUCGACAUAGCGCGCCUCGUGCAUAAUGACAAGAAAAAAGAGAAGACAGCAGCGUAUAGCUUUGCAAGACUCUUGAAAGCACGGCGUAUGUCAGGCAAUAUGUUGUCGGUGACAUACGAGAAUUGUAAGGUUGACAUGGUAAGGUACAAACUCAAAACCAUCACCAGUGCAGGUGGGGCUAAACGGGAGGUCCUGUCGGAGUGGUACCCAGAAAGUAUCGAGCAAACGAACAUUGGAAAGCUCAAAUAUCUGACUGCAACCUUUGAGCAUAAUGUUUCAGACAUUUUGCCGUUGGCGCGGCUUAAAUUCUCAGGUUUAUCUGCCGCAGUUCCGGCGAAAUAUAUGGAUUACAUCAAGGUUCGCUAUCCGUUUACAUGGCGAUUUACGUUUCCGUAUAAAUGGAAAUGCUGGCUGCCAUGGAAUAUUGCUUCUGUAUGGUUUGGCUAAACCAUUGAGCUUUACACGAAUAUAUAUAUGCUGCAUAUAGUGCAUUGGCUAAACAGAAGAAAAUACAAUCUCCUCCCCGUUGUUAAUCACUGCAAAACUGACUUUCCGAUUUUAUUAAUACAUUGUACCAGUCGAUAAGUUUAUCUUAUCAUUAUAUAUACAUAAUACAUAAAUAUAUUAUCAUUAAAGAUAUUUAUAUACAAAUUUUAGAUAUGGGUAUGUAUAUCAAUAUACAAAUUUUAGACUUAGAAUUUCUAUAUCUCCACAACACUUUCCACAAUAGACCUUGGCGUAAAAUAACUAUACGAUGAACAAGAAAAUUAGCGAAACAUGUGCAAUCACAUAAGUUAGCCUUUGGGAAAGAGGAUUUUGAUUUAUACAUUGAAGAAAAAUUCAAUGCGAAAAUAUAGAUUUUGUUAAAUUUUGAUAUUCUUAGAAGGUGAGGGGACAAAAAGUCGAUUCAACUCCGAUCCACCCCACCUCUCUCUCUCUCUCUCUCUUCCACACACAUACACGCACACGCAUUCAUUAUUUAAAAAACAGUUUUCGUUAGCAUUUUUGGUGCUCAUUUAGUCAUAUUACGAUUAUAUAUUUUUAAAUAUGUGUUCAAUUGUACUGUGCCUACUGUGAUACAAAAAUGAGGAGCGAAUUGUUAAAUAAAGACAGG